CCUCUUGUUCAUGCACCUCAUUCUGCUUCCUCUGCAACCAUGUCUGACAAACUUGAUAUGGCUGAGACUGAGAGAUUCGGUAAGUCAAAAUUGAAGAAGAUGGAAAUGCAAGAGAAAAAUUCACUACCUUCCAAAGAGAUGGUUGAACAGAAGCGAGCAAGUGAAUCGUAA